AUUCAAAAACCUCCCUACUUUUGAAAUACCUGGAAAAUCAAUAAAUUCAGGCACCAUCCCAACAGAUUAGGCAAAGCAAACACAGAAUGUACUGUAUAAAUAGGACUGACAGAGACUUUCAGUGGAUUUAAAGUAGAGCUGUUCAUCUAUUCUUUAACAAAGCCAGAGCCGAGAACAUAAUGGCUAUAGAUAUCAAAACAAUUGUAUUCCUUGGCCUUGCUGUUGUACUAACAGGUUUGGGAAAGUCUGCCUUCAUCGGAAAGAGCCACAGUGGAGGGAAGGAUGAUCCUGUGCUGCAGUAUGUUGUCAACAACUCACUGAGAGAGCACCCUGUCCUCACCAAACUCAGACUGAAAACCCUUGAAGACCCAUGGAACAUCAUGAUGGUUGCCAGUGAACAAGCCCAGUUUAUGGCAAAUCUUAUAAGACUGAUAAAUGCAACUAAAGCCAUUGAAAUUGGGAUGUACACUGGGUACAAUGCCCUGAGCAUGGCUUUGGCCAUGCCACAAAAUGGAAGUGUAGUAGCUUGUGAAAUAGAAGACACCUAUGUGGAAAUCGCCAAACCUUAUUUUAAAGAGGCUGGAGUUGAAAAUAAGAUAGAUGUACGCCAUGAUAUUGCAAUGAAGACACUAGAUGAACUGAUUGCAGCCGGGGAAGCUGGAAAAUAUGACUUUGUGUUCAUAGAUGCUGACAAAUUUAACUAUGACAGAUACUAUGAGAAGUCACUAGAGCUCAUAAGGCCAGGGGGCAUCAUUGCCAUUGACAAUGUGCUGUGGAGUGGAAAGGUUGUGGAUCCUGCCCCCAGUGACCUCACCUCCCAGGCUCUGGAUGCUCUCAAUAAGAAGCUACACAAGGACCAGAGGAUUGAUCUGAGCAUGCUCACUGUGGGCGACGGGCUGUCUAUUGUCAUCAAACGCUAAAUUACGAGUUAAAAAGUUUCAUGCUUACCCUGAUGCUGCUUAAGAUUUAUUAGUAACUAAAACACUUUGAGUACAA